AGUAGUUUGCAGGUGACCAGCUACCCGGAAUGCAAACGCAGUCUCCGCCCUUCUCUUACCUGCGGGGAGUUCGUGGAGGAGGCGGGCUCAGCGCCCAAAAGCUCCCCAAGAUGCUGCUGCAGUGGAUGUCAGUUGCCGCAGCCUGGGCGCUGGCAGUACCAGCCCUGGGGGCAGGUGGGCACAGGCGGGGAGCAGCUUGGGUUUGGCCCGAUGCUCCUAACGUGGUGCUAGUCGCGAGCGACUCCUUCGAUGGAAGGCUAACAUUUUAUCCAAGAAAUCAGGUAGUGAAACUUCCUUUUAUCAACUUCAUGAAAGCACAUGGCACUUCCUUUGUGAAUGCCUACACAAACUCUCCAGUCUGUUGCCCAUCACGUGCAGCAAUGUGGAGUGGCCUUUUCACACACUUAACAGAAUCUUGGAAUAAUUUUAAGGGCCUAGAUCCAAAUUAUAAAACAUGGAUGGAUGUGAUGGAGCAGCAUGGUUACCAAACACAAAAAUUUGGAAAACUGGACUAUACUUCAGGACACCACUCCGUUAGCAAUCGUGUGGAAGCAUGGACAAGAGAUGUUGCUUUCUUACUCAGACAGGAAGGGAGGCCUAUGAUUAAUCUUAUCUCUAAAAAAUCAAAAGUAAGAGUAAUGGAAAAGGACUGGAAGAAUACAGACAGAGCAGUAAAUUGGUUAAGACAGAAAGCAAUUAAUUACACUCAACCAUUUGUUUUAUAUUUGGGGUUAAAUUUACCACACCCUUAUCCUUCACCAUCUUCAGGAGAAAAUUUUGGAUCUUCAACAUUUUAUACAUCUCUUUAUUGGCUUAAAAAGGUAUCUUAUGAUGACAUCAAGAUCCCAAAAUGGUUACCUCUGUCAGAAAUGCACCCUGUAGAUUAUUACUCUUCUUAUACAAAAAACUGCACUGGGAAGUUUACAAAGAGAGAAAUUAAGAAUAUUAGAGCAUUUUAUUAUGCUAUGUGUGCUGAGACAGAUGCCAUGCUAGGUAAAAUUAUUUUGGCUCUUCGCCAGUUAGAUCUUCUUCAGAAAACUGUUGUCAUAUACACCUCAGACCAUGGUGAGCUGGCUAUGGAACAUCGUCAGUUUUAUAAAAUGAGUAUGUACGAAGCUAGUGCCCAUGUUCCACUCUUAAUAAUGGGACCAGGAAUUAAGGCCAACGCACAAGUAUCAAAUGUGGUUUCUCUUGUGGAUAUUUAUCCUACUAUGCUUGACAUUGCUGGAAUUCCUCUUCCUCAGAAUCUGAGUGGGUAUUCAUUGUUGCCAUUAUCAUCAGAAACCUUUCAGAAUGAACAGAAAUCCCAAGCUCCACAUCCACCCUGGAUUCUGAGUGAAUUCCAUGGGUGCAAUGUGAAUGCCUCCACCUACAUGCUUCGAACCAGCCAGUGGAAAUAUAUAGCCUACGCUGAUGGUGCUUCAGUCUUGCCUCAACUUUUCGAUCUUUCCUUAGAUCCAGAUGAACUAACAAAUAUUGCUACAAAAUUUCCGGAAAUUACUUAUUCUUUGGAUCAAAAACUUCGCUCCAUUAUAAACUACCCUCAAGUUUCUGCCUCUGUCCAUCAAUACAAUAAAGAGCAGUUUAUCAAGUGGAAACAAAGUGUUGGGCAAAACUAUUCAAAUGUUAUAGCAAACCUUAGGUGGCAUCAGGACUGGCUAAAAGAACCGAGGAAGUAUGAAAGUGCAAUCGAUCAAUGGCUUAAAGCACAUGCUAAUCCAAAAAAUUUUUGAACAAGAAUAAGAAAAUGUUCUAGAGCUCAUGUUAAAAGAUCAUGAUCAAGUAUGUGUUUUAAAUAUUCACCUUAAUAAUUACUGAUUUUAGUUUCAAGGAAUGUAUUCUUAAAUGCAAUACUAAUCAUAGAAUUACAUAUUUUCAAUAACAAUUACUAUCAAGACCUUAAGAGCUUAUCAAUUUCUAACAACUUAAUAGAAGUAUUAAAAGGAAGGAUGUAAAGGGCCUCCCUGGUGGCACAAGGGGUUAAGCACAGCACUGUGAAGCUGCCCGCAGUCUCUGCAGCACGAGUUCGAUCCCCAGCCAGCCAGCGAGCUACUCAUAUGGCGCAGCAGACCUCUCCUUUCUCACCUGCUGCCCCCUCAGCAGUGUAUUUCAGUAAGUCUGCCUGUCCUGCUCCCCAAUCUGUCUCUAGUGAAUCCUCUCACCCCCGCACCUCUGGCUUGUACCCUAGUUCUGGUUGCAUAAAUAAAUAAAUCUUUAAAAAAAAGGAAGGAUGUAAAAAGUAUAAUAUAAAAUUAUAUUCCUCUGAAUAUUAUGAAUAUAGGAUAUUUUAACAGUCAUUAUUACUUAUAACUCAAAAAAAAAGUUAUUUGUAUUUGAUUGUUUGGUGGGUUAUUUGUAUUUGAUGGAAUAGACCAUUUGUAUGUAUUUCUGAAUCUGGAGUAUUUGAUGAGACAAAGACUCAGGAUAUGGCUAAUUUUAUUGCUCGCUUUUUAAAAAAUAGGUUAUAUAUCCAUAAGGCAUAAAUUCUGAAAGGUACAAAAGGGUUAACAAGCAUGUAAUCUUCCUCCUUUCCCAGGCCCCAAACCAUAUAGUCCCCCUUCCUGUAGGCAACUAUUGUAACCGCUUGCUUAUGUAUCUUUUUAGAGACAAGAGCACCAUGCUAUAAUAUGGAUGAAACCUAAAAACAAUGAUGCCAGACACAAAGGCCAUAUGCAGUAUUGCUGCGUUGAUAGGAAAUGUCCAGAAUAGAUAAAGCCAUAGAGACAUAGUGUGAGGUUUCUUUUUGGAAUGAUUAAAAUAUUUGGAAUUAGUGAUAGUGAAUUGUGAAUACUUAAAGUACUGAAUUAUACACUUUUGUAGAAUGGAUUUUAUGGUGUAUGAAUUAUAUUAUAGUUUUAAAAUGAAGAACCAUGACAUUUCUUUCAUCUGUGAGCAUGACAAAAAUUUAAAACGGUAAAGUUCAUUUUUGUUGGGACCAAGGAGAAAAAGACACAGUGCUGUGCCGUUGUCAAGGACAAUUCAGCACUGUGUAGUCAAAUGCUUUAAAAUUAUAUGUGCUCUGCCCUAGCAAUUCCAGUUCUAAGAUUUUAUCUCAAGGGAAUAAUUGAGAUAACGUGUUUGCAAGGAUGUAUGUGUAGAGAUGUUCUUCACAGAGUUAUUUAUAAAGUGAAAAUUGGGAAACCUUUGUUUAAAAAUAGGUUACUGAAAUCACUGUAAUCUUUUACAUUAAACAGACAUUAUAUGACCGUUUUAAUUGAUUGAUGUGUAAAUGGAUGUGUAAAUCUGUUCAAAUUAAUCUGAAGGGAAAAAAGCAGGAUACAAAAUAAUGUAUAUAGCAUGCUCUAUAUUUGUAAAUAUGUAGAUCUAGUUAUUUAAUCUAAAGGAUAUAUAACUAAGUAUUAGCAGUUAUCUUUGGGUGUAUGGUAAGUGAUUUUUGUUGUUGCACUAAUUUUUUUCAACU